CUCGACAUUAACAUCGGUGAUACAGCGCGACACAAUGAGCAAGACCGCGCCAGCAAGCAGCAACUGGGAGUCGCUCAAGAAGAAGAUCAACACUUCCAGCGAGCCCAAGAGCAAGGGCGCCAAUGGCUCAGCGCCUCCAAAGAAGCGCAAGAACAAGGGAUUCGGCGGCAUCGGGCACUUUGCCAAGCAGCUAGAGUCAGAGCCGAGCAAGGAAGCCGGGCCCUCGCGCACCCAGACCGCGCCUGAGCCCAAGGCUGAGGUCAUCUUCCUCCCCGCGCCGUCAGACAAGCCGCUCCUGCAGGAGCUGAGGACGAUGGUUGCCGGCCAGUCGGUGCUCAACGAGGCGAAGAAGGCCCCGGGCAACUACAUUGCGGUCGAUUGCGAGAUGGUGGGCCUGGGCCACCUGGGCUCCGAGUCGGCCCUUGCGCGUGUCUCGCUGGUCAACUACCACGGCCACGUCCUGCUCGACACAUUCGUGCAGCCGCGCGAGCGGGUCACCGACUGGCGGACGUGGGUGUCGGGCGUGCGCGAGACGGACAUCCAGGACGCGCCGCCUUUCGAGGAGGUGCAGAAGAAGGUCGCUGAGCUGGUUGAGGGGCGGAUCCUCAUCGGCCAUGCUAUCGAGAACGAUAUGAAGGCACUGCUACUCAGCCAUCCCAACCCCUUUGUUCGCGACACGCAGAAGUGCAAGCAGCUGAGAGAGGCCGCCAAGACCAAGAGACCAGGUCUGAAGAAGCUCGUCGAGCUGGAGCUGGGGCUCAAGAUCCAGGCGGGGUCGCAUAGUUCGGUCACCGACGCCCGCGCAACAAUGGCCCUGUACAGGCUGCACAAGCCCGAGUGGGAAGCCUCCCUCCGCAAGGUGAUGGAGGCGUACCGCGAAAAGACGGGCAUGGAGCCUCUGGCCAAGGGCAAGCGGAAGCGCGGUGCCGACGACGGUGAGGACGACGACGAAGAUGAGCAAGACGGCAAGAAGAAGAAGACGCCGCAGCAGUUCCCCGGCGGAGGGCGCAAGGGCAUCUCGUCGGGCCUCAGUGUCGUCGUGCGCCGGUUCGGCAAGAAGGUCGAGGGCGACCAGCCCAAGCGGCGUGGGCCGGCAGAGGCGCCCAAGGCCAAGGCAGCCGGCAACUGGUGGGAGGAGGCGGCGUAAGCAAGCGCGCGCGGGUAAACGCGUAUAGAGUGU